GUGCCAGAACCUCUAUUCCUGGGUUUGCCGUGAACCCCGAUUUAGGUUCUGCUGCUGUGUUUGCUGGGAUUUUGUUAUGUUCUGCUUGUAGCCUAGCGUGCCAAUCCUUGCUGUCCGGACGAAAUUUAGCAAUAUGACGAAAAGGACAAUCAUCGAGCUCGAGGGAAUUCUGAGAGUAAUCAUCCAAGGGCGGCGGGCCGGGCGUAGUUCUUCGUUCGUACGCUCAGCAUGUUGUGCACCCAGUGAGCAUGUGAAGACGCAGACAGAAGAUCUAGUGUUCAAAGCUGCGCUUUGCGAUUAGGGUUUCAGGUUCAUAAUGCCUGUUAUGUGCUUUGUCAGCUGGAGCGAGGAUUAUGACCUUGAUUGUAAAGGGAAUUUCCUUCGGAGGGCUUUACGAACACCGUUGUCGCCCCACGUGUGGGAAGUUGGACAGCGUGCGCUUCUGUCAAGUUUAUCGUAGGGGAAACGGAUCAAGUGGAGGCAACCUGAUUAUGGUCCAGCAGAUGGUCCAGCGCCUGCGCUAGGAAGCGGAAGAGAAGGCUAAGGAGAUUCCAGUCUCUGCGGAAGAGGAGAAUGGAUGACGCCAGUGGAAACUUGGAAGAGCAGCUAGGAAGCGUGGAAGAGCAGAUACGAGGACUGGAAGAGUGCAUACGAAGAGUGGAAGAGGAGAUAUCUGGAGUGGAAGAGAGCAUACGAAAAGUGGAAGAGCAGGUCGAAAAAUGCUCUGAUGAUCAGCAGAAACAGCAACUUCGAGGCAAGGAAGCGCAACUUCGAGAUGAGAAAGCGCAACUUCGAGAUGAGAAAGCACAACUACGAAGCAAGGAAGCGCAACUUCGAGAUGAGAUAGCGCAAUUCCUGCAAGGACGAGACUUAGGCACAGAACAUGACUGGGUAGUGCAGGAGGUCGUGGUGCCGGAUGUCCCUUCAGGGCUUUGCUCUUACCCAAGCUGCUCGACCAAGGAACGGAUGUAUAAUCCUCUUAAAGUGGAGCAUUGGGAUGUGAAGGGAGAGAUUGAAGAAUUUUUCAAGAGGGCAGAUAAAAGGAAGCGUGCGUAUGAGAUCUCUGUGACGUCUUCUACUCGGAAAACUUCAGUGACAGCUAAGAUGGAGGGAACUAUCGUCGCGAAUAUUAUGUCCGAAAUGCAACACUUUAUGGAGAAGAAGCAGCCACAGCUAACGUUCCGUUUUGAGUCGCAGGUCGUACUCAGUUUCAUUGAAAAGAAGAAAGACAAAACGGACGAAACAGACGAAACAGACAAAGCAGACAAAAAAGACGAAGCAGACAAAACGGGAUCGGAUGCAACAUUUAGUCCAAAAUUAGUCGAUUUGAUGAUCAGGAACCCUCGAGCAGACUUCGUAGUUACUAUACAGGAGAAGAAUGCUUUGGUCGUAGAGGUAAAGAAUGGAGGUCUGGGACCUGACCAAGGUGACCCUUGGCAUCUCCACAAAGCUUGGACAGAAUGCUCCUGCAUACCAGGAGAGGGUGAUCCUAAUUGCAGGUGCGAAGUUCUUGGCAUUACGGCAGCUCAUGGUGAAAAGCUCAUUCGUUGUAUUAGUCAGCUGUACGAGUACAUGGCUCUCUCUGAGGUGGGUUACGGUGUCCUAACUGAUGCUAGAAAUUGGUAUCUCUUCAAACGGGAUAAUGCCGGCUGCCUCAAAAUAUCAAUUGGUUUUAAGGCGGGAGGUGGGCACCCGCCUGUGCUUGCUGCAUUGACAUAUUUGGUGGACAUUGCUUGUAAGGAUAAUUCUAAGUUUGAUAAGGGACCCAGGCAUGGUGAAACUCCCAGAGUACAUGGAGCUGCCCCUUCCGACUCUUCUAGUGAAAGCACUGAUGACGUUAAGAACGAUCCAGACUUUAGAGGAUGUGGGAGCAGUAACAGUGUCUCUAAAACAACAAGGUCAACGAGAACUUGCUCAGAUGGGAACCAGUUGACUUUGAAAGAUGUCUCUGCUGUGGACCUGAACCUGAAAGUAACGGGCGGUAUCAUAAGUUGUGAGGGGUGGAGUGGAUGCGUUGCUAUUGGCCGUAUGUAUGGACAGGCUGUUGCAUUGAAGUUUGCCUACUUAAACACGGAACGUGCGGAGGCUCUUCUGAAGGAGGUAGUUGCCUAUCAGAAGAUGAAGAAGCUUUGGGGGAUUUUUGUUCCUCGAUUAAUAGAAUAUGGAACUACAUGUAACGGCCAGGCUGUAUUUGUCGCCACUGAAUUGAUUGAUGGCGUUGAACUUGGAGAAGUAGCAGUGACCCAGGAGGUGGAGACUGCUGCACUUGAUGCGCUUGAUGCAGUCCAUGCAUGCGGGUUGCUUCAUGGAGAUAUUGAGGCACGUAAUAUUAUGGUAGUGCGGGGAAAACAGCCUCCCGUCCGCAUCCUGGAUUUUGGAUUUUCGCGUGUUACCAGCAGCAAGAAGUUACAGGAGGCAGAGCGCGUGCGCUUAGAAUACCUCUUGGCACACAUGAUGAAGUAGCGGGAAAGGAAAAAAUGCUGCAUGAUAUCCUUCCAUUCUGUCCUUUUAAGUGUAAAGUAAGCACCUGUUCUAGCAACUUUCAUCUAUCUUGUUCAAGAAAACGGCCCGGACGUGACUGAAAGACGUAGGGUCUCAUUCCAGUUCUUUAUGUGUUGUAAUGAAAGCAUAGUCUUGGGUAUUCAUUAGCCUUCAAAUGAAUUUUCUUCUUGUGAGCACCUUGUUUCAAUAGAGUCAAAUGAUGGUCGCUCUUGAAUCCGCAGCGAUAUGCUCCCUUUCACAUUGUUUUGUCAGCACGCCCCUCUAUGCUGACAUGUCAACGUUGGCACGCUUUGAGAACAAAAUGGCUAGGCCAUGAGGGGUUGUGUCCUGCACAGAAUCGUGCUCUAGUCUAGGUUCUACAUCUUUUUGUUUCUCACUUUUACUUUUACUUCACUUUUAGUUUCAUCACUAAGCACUUCAUUUACUUUGAAACUGAACACAGUCUGUGCCUCAAAGGAGACAGAGCCAACAAAGGCAAAGUAGAUGACUGCAAUCAUUGUGGAUUCUUGAUGAUAUUUUAAAGAAUUUAUAUAAAAAUAUUGUAUUUUCCUCUGA